AAUGCUGAGAUGAUUAUAGAUGCAGAUUCAUGUGUUUACACCCAAGCAAUUAUAUUUGUGACUGACUCGGCAAACCUUUUCUACACUAAGGCAGGUUUACUGAGAUAUGCCAAGCUUUUCCCGCCGGCAAAGGGUAUCUUCAACAUGUACUUUGACCACCUGGGAAUAUUAAAUCAUAUUUCUCUGAAUGAUACAAUUGACACAUUUGUGAAAGAAACGAAUGUGGAUGUGGACAGUUUAUUGAAGGUGAACUACAGGCCACCAUCUGUUUUGGGAAUUGCUGUUCCACUCACAGAAAACUUUUAUAAUGCUGACCCCAGCAAACCUAAAAUGAGGGAUUAUUUUACAAAUUCAAAAAAUUCUGGACAGUACAAGCAAUGUGCUGGCAAGUCAACGCGCUCUGAAUGUGGAUGUACAGAAAAUAUGAAGCUGUCAUUUUCUGUUGCCUUUUCUGAUUGCAAGGAGAAGGCCCUGCGAAUGAAAUUCCCAGUAUCAAGGCUUCCUCUCUAUUUCACCAUUGAGGAUGAGGGUCACUCUGUAAAUCUGACAUCUCCUUAUUUUAUCACAAUCAUAGAAGUCAACAACAGAACCAACUGGAAAGUUACAGGUACCAAUAAAACAUCAAGUAUGUUAAAAAUGAAAAAAUAUUUGGAGCACAGACUCAAUACUGAACUAUAUAAUCCAGAUGGCCUAUCUAUAACGAUAACUGGAUCUGAGCUUUUCCAUUUCAGGGUAUCAACUAUUCCUGGAGUCUCCUUUUGUAACUUAUUUGACGAAUUUCAGAUUUAUAUUGACGAUUCUCCACUGGCAUUCCCAGGAAAAUAUCUUAUCGCUUCAGUUACGACUAUAUUAAUUGGAGGCAGUAUUUUUGUGGCAUUUCUUCUGUAUGUAUUUGAAAUUGAGAUAUGGAACUUCUUAAAAAGGAAACUAAGAAGAAAUAAAGUGGCAUCAAAACCCCCACCCAAGAGGGAUUCAGUAAAUUCUGGUGAUUCCGCAGGAACUAGUUGACUGGCAAUAGUAAUAACGUUAUAAUAAUG